UUUUUUUACAAUAUAAAGAUUUCGCCUAGUUAUUAAAUUAAAAGCAUAGAAUCAAGUUUCCAACAUUGACGACAAUAAUUUACUUCUUCGAACGAUUUUCAACGGACGAAAUGGUGCCGACGAUGCCGCCUGAUUCGCAUAAAAUUUCGCUGAAGAUCAUUGAAGCGAUAAAACAACACCCAGUUUUAUAUAGUGCUGAAGUGAAGGGUUCUUCUGUUAAGCUUCAGGAAUUUCGGCAGAAGGUUUGGAAGAGGAUUUCGGAUGAACUUGGUCUUGAUCCUACUUGGGUGAGACUAAGAUGGAAAAACUUAAGGGAUACUUACUGUCGCAUACUUAAAUACAAGAAUAGAACAGAAAAAGGAGUUCGUAGAAAGAAAUGGAUUUUUGAAGAUCAUCUCAACUUUUUAAAAUUUCCGUAUGAGUCUGAUUAUCAACCUCAAAGCAUAGAAUUAACUGAAGACUACAUUCAGGAUAUAAAUGCUGGUGGUAUUAGUUCUGAAGGUCUUUUAGAACAAUUAGAAGACCGUAAUGAUGAAGAUUAUAGUGAAUAUCUGGAAGUUUUAGAAGAAACAACUGCAGAUCCAAUUUUAGAUCGUGAUUCUAUGGAAUUAAAUGAUAAUAAUGAUGGUAUAGUAAAAAGUAUAGAAGUAGAAGAUUCAAUACAACAUGAUAUUGAUACAUAUGCUCAACAAAUUCAAUCGAAGUAUAGAAAAAUAAGACCAAAAAAAAUGAAAGUUGAACCACUGGAAGUGCCUACAACUUAUAGUAUCUUAAAAACUUCACCUUUUAAAAAUAGAACAGUUGAUACACCUGUCUUUGUUACUACAUCAACUACAAAUAAUCCUAUAAAGAAUUCUUCCAAAGUAGAAGAUACACAGAACAAUUAUGACCAAGUGUAUUUAGCACCAGAAGGAAAAAGUAGUAUAGAACUCUUUUUCGAUAGCAUGGCACAAACUGUUAAAAGACUUCCCCCAAAAGCUCAAGCAGAUAUUAAAAUGAAUAUCUGUAAAAUUGUAACUGAAGCAGAACUUAGGUAUUCUGGACGUAACAUCCCCCAGAGUACUCAACAGUUUAUAGCACCACCUGGAAUGAUUCCUAAAUUAGUUCUUAUUCCAUGUAAUAUGAUUGAUGGACAGAAUAACAAAGUUAUGAAGAUGUUGCAGUUUUUUAUUAAAAUUCGAGCACAAAAUAAUAUCUUACAAAAAAAUGGAUUUCUGCAAAUAAAACGUACUUUUACAGAAAAGGAUAUUAAUAAUAGACUAAUACGAAAAGAAAAAGGCUCUAACACGAUAACACCAAAAAAAUUAAAAAAUAAUUUAGUAUCAAUGGAAAACUCUCUUGAUGUAAAGGAAGAUGAUAAUUUUUUAAUUAAAUGGAUGGAUAGACCACCAAUAAUUCCACAGCAAUGUGACAUUAUAAUAAUUGGAGGUGGAGUGAUAGGCAGUUCCAUAGCUUAUUGGUUGAAAAAACGAGUUUACUCACAAGACUUUAAAGUAAUUGUUGUAGAAAGAGAUCCUAUGUAUACUACAGCAUCAACAGUUCUUUCUGCUGGAGGUUUACGUCAACAAUUUUCCCUUAAAGAAAAUAUUGAAAUGUCUCUGUUUGGUGCAGAAUUUAUACGCAAUAUCAAUGAUUAUUUGGGCAUCGAGGGACAACCUGUAAUUGAUCUAUCUUACCAUCCAUAUGGAUAUUUAAUGUUAGCAUCUGAAAAAGGAGCUGAAAGGUUAACAGAAAAUUCUAAAUUGCAAAAUUUUCUUGGAGCAAAAAAUAUGUUACUAUCAGCUGCUAAAUUAAAACAUAUAUUUCCUUGGUUAAAUACAGAAGAUAUUGAACUAGGUUGUUUAGGAUUAGAGAAAGAAGGCUGGUUUGAUCCAUGGUCUCUUCUUUGUGCUUUUAAGCAAAAGGCAUUGAUUUUAGGAGCACAAUAUAUUUGUGGAGAAGCUUGUGGAUUUGUUAACAAAGAUGAUGAUGAAUUACCUGAAAGAUUGGAUAAAUUAGUUGUAAGUUUUAAAUUUAGUUUUAAUAUUAUUUCUCAUUCUUCUUUCAGUGGAGAAAUUGCAAAGAUGGCUAAAAUUGGUAUAGAAACUGAUAUACGACAGAUAUGCCUACCUGUUGAACCAAGAAAAAGAUAUAUUUACUGUUUUCACUCUCCUGAUGGACCAGGAUUAAAUACUCCACUAACUAUAGAUUAUUCAGGAACAUAUUUUAGAAAUUUAGUUUUUGCAACUGGAUUUAGCGGGCAUGGAAUUCAACAAGCACCAGCUGUAGGUAGAGCAAUUGCAGAAUUAAUUGUUGAUGGAAAAUACAUGACAAUUGAUUUGUCAAAUCUUAAUUUUGAUAGAAUUAUUCAUGGCUCACAUAUGUCUGAAAUAAACAUUUUAAAGUCUUCUUGGGCAGGAUAUUACGAAUUUAACACUUUUGAUCAAAAUGGUAUAAUUGGAUCACAUCCAUAUCAUAGAAAUUUAGUUUUUGCAACUGGAUUUAGCGGGCAUGGAAUUCAACAAGCACCAGCUGUAGGUAGAGCAAUUGCAGAAUUAAUUGUUGAUGGAAAAUACAUGACAAUUGAUUUGUCAAAUCUUAAUUUUGAUAGAAUUAUUCAUGGCUCACAUAUGUCUGAAAUAAACAUUGUUUGA